AUGGGCCCUUGGCGCGGGGUCGGGCGGCGAACGAGGAGGACGAGGAGAGCUCAGAUAGCACGCCUCUCCUGCAGGCUCCCGGACAGGCCGAAGCCGGGUAAAAAGUAUCACUGGGAUGCAGAAACUCAAGGAUGGAUUCUCGGCUCCUUUUUUUAUGGCUACAUCAUCACACAGAUUCCUGGAGGAUACGCUGCCAGCAGAGUAGGCGGGAAACUGCUGCUGGGAUUUGGGAUCCUGGGCACUGCCAUCUUCACCCUGUUCACUCCCCUAGCUGCAGACUUAGGAGUUCUAGCCCUGGUUGUGCUGAGAGCACUAGAAGGCCUGGGAGAGGGCGUUACAUUUCCAGCCAUGCAUGCCAUGUGGUCCUCUUGGGCUCCGCCUCUUGAAAGAAGCAAGCUUCUUAGCAUUUCAUAUGCCGGAGCGCAGCUUGGAACAGUAGUUUCACUUCCUCUUUCUGGACUAAUUUGCUACUAUAUGAAUUGGACUUAUGUAUUCUACUUUUUUGGUUUGGUUGGAAUAGUUUGGUUUAUUUUAUGGAUCUGGUUAGUUAGUGAUACACCAGAAACUCACAAGACAAUCUCCCCUUCUGAAAAAGAGUAUAUUCUUUCAUCAUUAAGAACUCAGCUUUCUUUCCAGAAGUCAGUACCAUGGAUAUCUAUCUUAAAAUCACUGCCACUUUGGGCCAUUGUUGUUGCACACUUUUCUUACAACUGGACUUUCUAUACUUUACUGACAUUAUUGCCUACUUACAUGAAGGAUAUCCUCAGAUUUAAUGUUCAAGAGAAUGGUGUUUUAUCUGCACUGCCUUAUUUUGGCUGUUGGUUAUGUAUGAUCCUGUCUGGUCAAGCUGCUGACAACUUAAGGGUCAAAUGGGAUUUUUCCGCUUUAAAUGUUCGAAGAAUUUUUACCUUUAUAGGCAUGAUUGGACCUGCCAUAUUCCUGGUUGCCGCUGGGUUUAUAGGCUGUGAUUAUUCCUUGGCUGUUGCAUUCCUCACUAUAUCAACUACACUUGGAGGCUUUUGUUCUUCAGGGUUCAGCAUCAACCACCUGGAUAUUGCUCCUUCGUACGCUGGGGUGCUGCUGGGCAUCACCAACACCUUCGCCACCAUCCCAGGCAUGGUCGGGCCUCUCAUCGCUACAAGUCUGACCACACACAACACGGUUACCGAAUGGCAAAUCGUCUUCUAUAUCGCUGCUAUUAUUAAUGUAUUCGGUGCCAUUUUCUUUAUGGUAUUCGCCAAAGGUGAAGUGCAGAGCUGGGCUCUCAGUGAUCAGCAUGGACACAGAAACUGACGAAGCCAAUAAAGAAUCCUGUCUCCAGUGAUGUAUUUGUUUAUCAUGUAACCUGAAAGUGCCUUUGAGAUUUUAAUGUGUAAGCAUUCUAUAUACAAAAAAAAAAGUGUACUUGUGAUAGUUUUUUUAAGGUUUGUAAUCAGGAAGUGUCACUAGAUGCCAGAUGAGUAAAAUGAGCAAUUUUUAAUUAAUAAUAAUAUAUAAGCUGAACCUCUUACUUCAAGUUCACAAACGUAGCUCCAAGUCAAGGAGCAGGAAGUAGCGGCAACACUUAAGGGAGUGAGCUGAAAUGGCUCACUUGGCUUAAAUGAUCUAGAUUCUAACUCUUAGAUCUUAGAGCAAACCCACUCUUGUUCACUUUUCUCAUAAAAAUGAUGUAUCCCUGACAAACGUGAGCUGCCAGCCACCGUCUAAAGAGGCCUGGUAGAGACUAAGGGCCACCUGCCCAGGCGGCCGCCAGCCUCAGCGCCACCGCCCAGGGCUUAGCAGGGGCCGCAUAUAUGCUCACGCCUGCGCCAGAACUUUGGAUGGCAUUUUCCCUGGGGGCUCCUCAUGUGUGUGAAGCUCAGAGCAGACAGAAGCCAGCCAGCCCAGCCAUAGACUGCAGGGAUCCCUCGCUGCCCUCCCCAGGAAAGGGGGAAACCGUGCCACCAGACUGCAGCUGCUUCCCCUGCAUCAGAAUACAAGCUCCCAAAUCCCAGCGGGUUCUGAGAUAAUGAAGAAGGAAACAAAAUAGCUCAUUCUUUUUUCUUCAGCUUGCCUUCAUGUAAGACGCAGUGACUUUGAGGGCUGCGGGUAGAGCCCAGAGGCCCUGGGUGCAAUCAGUCCCCAGCUGCAAGUGAGAGACUCAGAAUGGCCUCCAGGCCUACGGUGAGGGUAACCACCUUUACUUCUGGGUCCUUAACUUGUAUUUUUCCACUUCCCUUUCCUGACCCAUCUCUUGGUGGUGAUUAAGGCAGUGGGGUAUAGAUCUGGUAUAACUCCUGUCUUAUCAUGCACAAGGCCCUGGGUUCAAUCCCCAGCACUCCAAAACAAAAAACAAAACAGACAAAGAGAGAAGAAAGUAGAUCAAACUUGAUUUAUGUUUUAUUUGUUCAACACUACCUGUAAUGUCUCAACUGAAAUCUGUUUAAUGUAACAUGAUGUGAAUACAUUUACGUAAAUUUAUUUUUAAAUUUGUAAAUAUAAAUUACAUUGCUAUGGUGAUAUUUCUUUUAUAAAUCAUCGAAAUAAACCUUUUGGGUUGAUCUUUGGA